CAUGAAUCAUUUAAUUCUCACAUUUAUUCUUCAAUUUGUAUUUUUAUUGUGCCAAUACAAGCAAUUUUGCUUUUCCGAGACUGAAAAUUUAUGCAACGCUACAUGGAGUCCAAAUUUACUACGAGAAUUGCAACUAGAAAAAUGUGUAGAAGAAGGAGAAGGGGAGGGAAAUGGCUGUAAAAAUGAUUCUUUUUAUUGUGAAAAUAGUAGCGGAUAUUGUUGCCCCAAAAAAGAAUUUGUUUGUCAAAGCCCAGCAGAUUCUGGACACGAAAAUUUUCAAAAACAAUUUUUACAUUUUGGACGAUUUGCUUUUGAUUUACAAUUAAAUGAUUGUAUUAAAUUUAGUUAUUUUGGAGAGGGUGGGAAUUUUAAUAAUUUUUUAAAAUAUUUGGAUUGUAAAAAAUUUUGUAAAGGGGAAUAA